AUGGAGACCGUCCUCAGAAACGCGUGCGACGCUUGUCACAAGCUCAAGACCAAGUGCCCCUCAGAGGGUGCCGGCGCCUGCGCCAACUGCCGCCGGAAGGGUCAGAUUUGCAAAUAUUCACCGAGAAGCGAGAUGGGGAGGCCUCGCGCAACGGCGCCCGAGAAAUCGCCGGCGCAGAAGCAGCAAUCGGGCAAGCGCUCCGCGUCCGUGCAGGACGCAUCCCCGCGCAAAAGACGGCAAUCGUCGGCGGACUCGGCGUCCGGCAUCCCGAAAGCCGCGCCGGCGUCGCCGGAGCGGGGCCGGUUGCAGCAAAUCGACGGUGUCGGGACCGAACUAAUGGGCCAACCUGUUGUCGGCAACGGCAUCGCUGAGCCGUUGGGGAUGAGCGACUACCUCUCGACCCUGGAGACGAGCCUGUGUUCAUUCCCCUUUCAGUCGGAUUCCUUCAUACCAGACGACUCCACAUUCGACAUCUCGUGGCCGACAGCAGCACCACCGCCGUAUUCCAGCCACAGCCCGGUGCCACUAACCGCCAUUCAUGACCCUGCCGGACAGAUGGCGCCCAUAAACCUCUUCUUCGAGGACUCGAGCGACACCUCGAGCUCGGGUAACUUGUCAUUCCAGCCCGAUGCAGAGUUCGGCGUCGCCGCGAUGAACGGCAUGCACGGUGUCGGCCUAGCACAGGAGAAGCAGCUGGGGGUCGUCGGCAGCCGAGAAUCGACCCCGGAUGACGGCAACGACGCCCUCAUCGAGGCGUACCCGCAGCUGGCCAGCGUACUCUUCGGACUGCACACCUACUACGACAAAUGCAAGGCCACCCCGGACCUCCCCGCGUUGAUGGGCUCCCUGGAGGAGGUGUUCCCGCUGGUGUCGUCCCUGUGCGACAUCCUCAGAGGCCCCCAGCUCAACCAUCUCCUCAACAACAGGAGCAACCUGACCUCCCCCUGCUUUCUCCUCGCCGGCUCCGUCAUAUCGACCGUGGUCGAGACGUAUCACCUCAGGAUGGGGCCCUUUGAGCCCUCGGGGGCGGAGCGGGAUCGCACCCCGGAGCUCGGCACGCAGUACCGGUUGCAGCUCCAGACGGACGCCACCAUCAUGGAGUUUCACCUCUCAGAGCUCCGCCCCAUUCUGAACAAGAUCCAUGUGGGGUUCCGCGAGUCGCAGACGAUCGAGCUGAUGGAUGCGAUGCGGCGCACACUGAGGGAGUUUCUUGAGAACUGGCGGGCGAGGAAUGGAGGAUCAGCUUCGUAA